GCCGCCACCCCGCCUAGUCUCUCCUCCUCGAUUUCCCCACCUGCCCAAUCUCGUGAAGCCUCCACGCCCGCCAGUGCCUGACCUCGAGUCUGCUCGAUCCCAAGGGGAUCAUGAGCAGCUUGUCCCCGACAACCAUUUCGCUGGACGUGUCCAGCUCGAGCUCUUCGCACUGCAGCUUGCAACACCGCAUCUGGUGGCUACGCCGGCGAGCGUCACUGCCGGACCAAGUCAUGCCAUGAGCAGCCACGAGGCCCGUGAAGCUCUCCUUUGCUGCCAUGGUUGGAGCCAAGCCCGUCAUCAAGCCCCGCUGACCGAGGUCCUCUCGAGCAUGCGCGUCGCGCCCGAAGACGACGCCACGGCCUCGCUUGAGCCAUCAGACCCCCAUCCCCGGCCGCUGCCCAAAGCACCACAUGCCAUGGCCACCACAAGCUCGAGAUCGCACCAGACCGCCUUGUUGCUGGGAAUGGAUUCCCAUGCCCAGAUCCACACUUUCCCCCUCGUCCUGGAUGCUCACCGGAGUCCCAUCGCGCCGCCGUUCCUGUCCAGCUUCGCUGCAGUUGACCUGUGUGAGCACGAGUUGACCAUGCCGGUCCACCCUCUGCAUCAAGCAGAGAAAGGGGAUGCCCGCAUCCCUGUCAGGAACAGAGUUACUGACGAACCGAAUAUAGCGACUAGCAACUGACUUUGGACGCUCGAAUUAGAUCAGAGAGUGGAUAUAUUACCCAACAAAGGGGGGAAAUGAGUUGACCACGUCGUUGGCGGCUUAGGGUUUCACCCAUACAAGAUUUACAUGCCUCUAAGGGCUGGAACUCGUGGCUUAUGUAGGCCAACAAACGAAAGGAAAUGAAAGGAAAUAAAGUAGCUUAAUAAUGGUAGUGGGCUUGUCGGAUUUCCAACAGCGAUGCGGGCGCGGCUCUAGGCCGUCGGAUGCUGGAUCGACGAACGUCACUCCACUUAACUCGAACCGGUAUCCUCUUCGCUCAGCCGUUGGAUGUGCCAUCAACCAACCACGUCUCUUCCGACACAGAGAAACAGGGGAGGCCUCACUCAUGCCUGACAAUUCCCCCAUGUUAAGCGACAGCUUGCCCUCAAGCUGCAAAAGAAGGAAACACUUUCUGGAUAAAUGCUGAAUACUCCCAAGUUGCUUCCUCUGCUGGCAUGUUCACUCACUUGAUCAACCAUCUCACUACUGGAAUACUGAUAUCGCCCUGAACUCUUGGCACCAACUUCCUGUCAAGAACAGCUUCAGGCUCCAUCUUGAUUAUACCAUGGGGCCCAACCAAAGUAAGAUCUUUAGAAGGCACCACUGCUAGCCCUAUAUGCUGCUUCAGCUGGCUCACAUGAAAGGUAUGGUGCAACUUGCAACCUUGAGGUAAGAGUAGCUUGUAUGCAUGCAGUCCCACUCUUUGAAGAACUCUGAAUGGACCAUAAAACU